AUGGACGGUACCACCCUGCCUACCAUCCCAAAGUUGCGUCUCUUCACUCCCCGGAGUGAGAUUGACGCAGACGCCAUUAUCAAAAACUGGCUCUCCAAGCUACAGAAAUGUUUUGAUGAGUCCGACUUUGACAAUCUGUCCGAGUUGUUCAUUGAGGACUGCUGGUGGAGAGACAUCCUCGGACUCUCAUGGGACCUUACCACAAAGCAUGGCCAAGAAAAGAUUGGCAACUACCUACGCACCUCAGAGAUUCGUCUAACAAAUCUGAAGCCAUGUACUGGUGGCUUAAAGCCAGCUCUGGUUGAAUGGGAUGACACGGCCUGGGUUCAAUCAGCCUUUACCUUUUCCAACAAGCACGGCCACGGGAAAGGUCUUGUUCGUCUAGCAAACGACGCCGAGAGCAACUGGAAGGUAUGGAUCGUGUUUACACAACUCGAAAGUCUAAAUCACCAGAAAGAACUCGAGGCACGUCGUCUUCAAAGUCGCGCGGCAGCCCUACGAAACCACGAGAUCAACGGAACAAGUAACGAUGCUCCUGUUCUCAUCGUCGGUGCAGGCCAAGCUGGUGUCUCUUUAGCAGCACGCCUCCAACAUAUGGGCAUCAAAACCCUGCUAAUAGAGAGACACGCCGCAGUUGGCGAUGGCUGGCGUUCUCGCUACGACUCCGUCACCCUCAAUACUCCAACAUUCACAGACCACUACCCCUUCCUCAAGUAUCCCGACAACUGGCCCGAAUGGCUCACCGGCACCCAAGCAGCCGACUUUCUAGAACAGUACUCGCAACUCAUGGGCCUAGAAAUCCUGUUCAACACGACCGUUGAAUCCAUUCAGCGCGUAGAGUCAGACUCAGAGUACACCAUCACCAUCAAAGGACCAAAUGAAGCGCAAACUCUCCAUUCGAAACACGUAGUACUCGCAACAGGAGUCUACAGCGACGAACCAUCAAUACCACACUUCCCCGGCCAAGAAACCUUCCAAGGAACAAUCUAUCACUCCAGCCAACGCAAAUCCGGCAAUCUCAUCCCCGACCUCUCUACAAAGAAGGUCGUCGUCAUAGGCUGCAGCACAAGCGGCCACGACGUCGCACAAGACUUCGUAAACUGCGGCGCAAAACAAGUCUCCAUGGUUCAGCGCCAUCCCAUAUUUGCCCUGUCCACCGAUUCCUGGAAGACCAUCCAACUUGGGCUCUGGAACAUGGAUGGCCUGACGACAGAAGAGGCUGAUCUGCUGGGUAAUUCGUUCCCUAUAGCCCUCGUGCGCACAAUGAGCAUCGGCUUGACGCGUGUGAUGGCCCAAGUCGACAAGGAGAUGCUGGAUGGCUUGCGAAGCGCAGGAAUGGCGCUUCGUACAGGAGAAGAUGGGUACGGACUGGCAGAUCACCAGCUCAUCAAGGGUGGUCACUACUACAUCGACCAAGGGGCAAGUCAGAUGAUUAUCGAUGGCCGUAUUAAGAUUCACUGCUGCGAAGGAGGCGUCCAGCAAUUUGGCGAGACGUCCAUCACACUGACUGAUGGAACUAACAUUGACGCAGAUGUCGUCGUCCUGGCUACGGGCUUCGAGAAGAACAUCAAGACUGUCCGCACGCUGAUGGGGAACAAAGUCGCAGAUUCGCUAGAGGGGUUCGGGGAUCUGGAUAGUGAACAGGAGAGAUCUGGCUGGUGGAGGCCGACUGGCGUCCCAGGCUUCUGGUACAUGACAGGGAGCUUCAUGUGGUGUCGGCAGUUUUCUCAGUCAUUGGCCUUGCAGAUUGCGGCGGAUAUCAAAGGAAAGCGAUCUUCCUGA